UUGAGACAGAAGAAGAUCGAUGACGUAGAGGAAGUAGAAGAUUGAAAUUUUUCGUCCAUGGAGCUGCUCAGGCUAUGCUGGUGAGAAGCGAACAAGUUCUCGACAUUUUCCGUUAAUUUAGACAAACAAGGUCCUGCUGCGGAUCCGGUACCGCUCGGCUCACAACCCAGUUCUUAUCUUCUAUCAGGUGCCAAAAUGAAGAUAUGGAACUCAAAUCAGGACAAAAGUUAAGACAGACAUUAGAAUUACGUGCCAGGAGUUGGAGGGAGAAGAUUUUCCGAUAUAAAACAGUUGUACAGGUCAGGUUACUUCUGAUUCUUUUGUCUGACCAAAGAAUAUGAAAAACUGCCAUGAACUUUGGUCUCGCAUCCACUCAUUGCUGGAUCUGAAGGUUACAGAAGAUAUUUAAAGCUAAGCCACAUUUUGAUCGGAUUUCACUCACAAUGAAGCCUAAGAAGACACCUAGCAAGGCUAAGAAGACACCUAACAAGGCUAAGAAGACACCUAGCAAGGCGAAGCUGCAGCAGGAAGCCAUCUCCUGCUCAAUAUGUCUGGAUCCACUGAAAAGUCCAGUAACUAUCGCCUGUGGACACAGCUACUGUAUGAGCUGCAUAAAUGUCCACUGGGAUAGAGAAGAUCACUACAAAGUCUAUACCUGUCCUCAGUGCAGACAGAGCUUUACCCCAAGGCCUGUCCUCGUAAAAAGCACAGCGUUGGCUGAUUUAGUGGAACAGCUGCAGCUGAAGGAUAUUGGACUCAACAAAACUGUAGCUGAUCACUGCUAUGCUGGACCUGAAGAUGUGGUCUGUGAUGUCUGCACUGGGAGGAAGUUGAAAGCUGUCAAGUCCUGCUUAACGUGUCCAGCUUCUUACUGUGAGAAUCACCUCCAACCUCACCAUGAUGCUCCACCAUUAAAAAAGCACAAACUGGUGAAUCCUUCCAAGAAUCUCCAGGAGAACAUCUGCUCUCGUCAUGAUGAGAUGAUGAAGAUCUUCUGUCGUACUGAUCAGCAGUGUAUCUGUUACCUCUGCUUAAUGGAUGGACAUAAAGACCAUGAAACAGUCCCAGCUGCAGCAGAGAGAGCUGAGAAGCAUAAGAAGCUCCAGGAGAGUCGACAACAAAUCCAUCAGAGAAUCCAGGACCAAGAGAAAGAUGUGAAGCUGCUUCAACAGGAGGUGGAGGCCAUCAAUGUCUCUGCUGAUAAAGCAGUGGAGGACAGUGAGAAGAUCUUCACUGAGCUGAUCCGUCUCCUCCAGGAAAGAAGCUCUGAUGUGAAGCAGCAGAUCAGAUCCCAGCAGGAAACUGAAGUGAGUCGAGUCAAAGAUGUUCAGGAGAAGCUGGAGCAGGAGAUCACUGAGCUGAAGAGGAAAGACGCUGAGCUGGAGCAGCUCUCACACACAGAGGAUCACACCCAGUUUCUCCUCAACUACCCCUCACUGCCAGCACUCAGUGAGUCUAAAGGCUCAUCCAGCAUCAACAUCCGUCCUCUGAGACACUUUGAGGACGUGACAGCAGCUGUGUCACAGCUUAGAGACAAACUAAAGGACAUCCUGACUGAGGACUGCAGGACCAUCUCUUGCAUCGUCUCUGAUGUGGACGUUUUACUUGCUCAACCAGACGCAAUGAGCCGAGCCGAUUUCUUGAAGUUCUCAGUUUUUGUCUCUCAGGAUCUAAAUACGAUGUAUAGAGAAAUCCUACUCCCCGUGUUGUAUCACAAUACACGGUAUCUGAAGGAGAACCAGAGUCAUCACUUUCAGGUGAUGAGCAAGCUGGGUCUGUUUGGUCGAAAUUACUGGGAGGUUGAGUGGAGAGGAGGUGGAGCUUGUGUUGCUGCAGCAUACAGAAGCGGUACAGUGGCCAAACACGCAUUUGGGUUCAACAAGAUAUCCUGGGCAUUAAACUGCACUCAAACCGGCUACACAUUUUAUCACAACAGUGUUGAAACUCCAGCAUUGGGUCCAGUUUCCUCCAGAGUUGGAGUGUACCUGGAUCACAGUGCAGGUAUUCUGUCUUUUUACAGCGUCUCCGGAACCAUGACUCUCCUCUACAGAGUCUGGACCACAUUCACUCAGGCCAUUUAUCCUGGAUUGAGGUUCCAAAGGUCCAAAGGAGACACCGCUUCGUUUAUUGAGCCACAGUAAUAUCCUGGUGUUGCUUUGUGGGUAUUCCUUUUGGUUCCUUUCAGUUGGGACACCAGUUGUACUAGUAGAGCUGAAAACUUUCUGUUCAGUCUUUUCAGAAGAUUCAUAGCCAACUGCAUGUAAAGUUUAACACUGAAGGUUUAGCAAUAAAGCUCA